AUCCACCGGGGUGUAUGCGCUGCUGAAAAUACCGUGACUUUUCCAGGAAAUUUGAAUAUAGUUCUUAGCGCACUUUCAGUGUCUAAAUGAUAACAAAGCGUUGCGCAAAAGCCUUGCUUUAAACAUCCGUCGUGUUCAAGCUAGCCAUGGCCAAAUUGUUUAGCUAUAUCGGUAAGAAAUGUGGCUAUGAAGAACCCAUUAAUGUCCACUUGUUCGAACAUGACGCUAACAGGAUGAAAGAGUUAGUUCUGCUUCACCCAGCCAAAGAGACAGGCGGAAAUCUAUUUGGUUUGUGGACAGACAGUGAAGAGCCAGUGCUACAUAUCGUGCUUGGUCCGGCCAUUGGCUGCACUCGCACAGAAGUGUCUUUCUAUCAAAGCAUUCCUUACCUAGAGCGAGUUGGAGGAAUUGUCACUCAAGACUAUCAGCUGUGCCACAUCGGAGAAUGGCAUUCUCACCAUCGUCUGCGACUGUCUGAGCCAAGUUCUGGUGAUUCGUCGACCAUUAUUCGAAACUUUCCCAGGGGAACGUGUGGUUUUCUCCUCAUCAUUGCAAACAUUCAGCCUUCAUCUGGUGCAGUAACGCUUUCACCAUAUCUUUACAGAGAAGGGGAGAGACACCAUGAAAGAUGUAAACUCAACCUGCUCCGAGGACAGAGUCCAUUCGCCAGGUUAGAUCCUAUCUUGAGCCACAUGCUACAGGACGAAGACAAGUCCUCAACUAUUCAUGAAUUUUUGCAAAGAGAACACUAUAAGAGCAAGACUUCAACUGAACCAACCCAUAGUGCUAGGGACAAUAACCCUCACACGUUCAUAUUUGAGGAAGAUUACAAUACGAUUAAGAAGCUUCUCCUCGAAAGCGAGGGUAACGAAAUUGAAAAAGGAGGAGACUUGUUUGGUUUGUGGACAACUGACGAGCAGCCUGUGUUGCAUACCGUUAGCAAACCCUUGGCCGAGACAAACGAGCGACAACCCUGUGAACCGUCAGAGAGUCAAUCGCAAGAUGCUACAAAGGGAAGUGGAGAGGAAAACUUGGCCUUUGAGGAGUACCAAGGAAUACAGAAAAUUGGGAAGUACAUACUUCGCGAUAAACCAAAUGCUGAAGGAGAAGACAAACCCACUGCAGAUGAAGAAGCUAAUUUGCGCCGACAAUUUCCUCUCCGAUGUGUUUUGGUUGUAGCUUACAUCGUUCAAUAUGACGAAGGGGAUAAAUCAGUUUUUAUUGCUUCCUACGUUUACAGCGGCAACUCCUCGCCUAAUAAACCCCUUGAAAUCAAAGUCCUUCCUGCUGCAAAGGUUUUUCUAGAAAGGCAGAAGGGGAGCGACAAGACGAAAGAAAAUAAAAGCAAGGAAGAAGAAAAUCUUAUGGAUGUGGAUACACCACCUGAUUCGCCAAGUCAGCAAAACAUAAUGACACCCUGAAGUCAAUGAUUCGCGUUCUAAACUUGUACAGCAACCGCUUGAAAUGGUCUUCUCAAGGACUAAAUUAAUACACUUUCUGCUUUCUGAAAUUGAACUCAGCAAAUAAUUUCACUACUAAAUUGGUGACUCGAUCCACGGUAGUGCGAUCACUCAAUUAUCUUCAUGACAGAACUAAAUCAAACGUUUAUACUGCCCGAUAGGAUAUAGCUGUUUUCAGGAGAGUAUUUGGCAAUUAACAGAAUCUGCAUAUAUCAGUUGGAUAGUAUAAAGUUCGACAAGUAGUAGUCUUUGGGAAUGUAUUUCACCAAAAGAUGAGAUUUUCUCGAUUUCGCUAGGUGUAGUUUAUUAAGACAGGAGAUCAUAUUUUAUGCAUGACCCUGAUUCGUUUCGUUUUGCAAUUGCUUACAGAAUAAAGUAAUUUUCCAAAAUUAAAAUCAUGGAGUUAGAUAGAUUUUUGCGAAAACUGAAUGUUGGUAACAGAAAUGUAGACCGCUCACCGCCAACGUUCACUAACCUAUUGUUAAGGCCAUACCCUGUUCAAGCCGCUAAAGUAGUAAAAUUGUAUACCCC